GAGGUGGAUUUUCUAAUUGGGAGAUUACAAGAACAUAAAUUGUUUAAAAGAAAAAAUAAAUAACAAUAAAUAAUUUUUCUAAUAAAAAAAUAAAAAGCGAGGUGCGAGGAUAGCGUUUUGUUGGGGUGGUUAGGAGAUUUGAGAAGAACACUGCUACUGUGAGCCUCUUUGUAGGUAUUGGAGGUUACCGCCAGAAAGAGUAGAAAAACGAUAGCCAAAACGCAAAAAACGUCACCUCUUUGAAGAACUAUCUUUCUCCGGUCAUUAAAAAAAUAAAUAAAUAAAUAAAGCGUUUGUAAUCAUCCCCACAAACAUAACCAUCACCGAGAUUGAAAGAAUCUCCUCCUGCGGAUUGGCGCUUCCGGCUCCACCGCCACAAUUCCACGGCACACGGACUCCCCAUUUGGCGAAAACCGACAGGAUCACGCCACGUGUCUACGUCAACAUUUUAUGGAACCCAUAACCGAUCUGAAACUUCCAGUUUCAUUCUCAGCUUCAAUAUUUUGACCGACGGCAAAAAGAUUCGAGCGGCCAUUCCUUCCUUAAUGGCCGUUUCACUUUUCUUCAGUCACCCAAAGUAGUAAUGAGGGCUUGUUUUAUCAGAUGCUUCGCUUUGCACAAGCAACAGCAGCAGCUCAGGCUCUUCCAUCGAUAUGCCUAAAACCCGGUUCUCGGAGUCUUUAAAGGCUUCAACUUUCCGUUUCUAGAGGUCUUUCUUUUAUUGUUUAUUGUGGUCUUUCCAACAAGAUGUCGUUUCUGAGGCGCAGAAAGCCAAAGGUAGUGUCGAACACAGAGCCUCAGACUGACGAGAACGACGAUAAGAAAGAUCGAGGAAAAGAGAACCACAAGACCACCAAGCCAAGCGAAGAGAAGAGGAAACCCAAGUGGUCGUGCGUUGAUAGCUGUUGCUGGUUCAUUGGCUUUAUAUGCUCCACUUGGUGGUUUUUGCUUUUCCUGUACAACGCAAUGCCCGCUUCUUUCCCUCAGUACGUAACGGAGGCGAUAACGGGUCCGUUGCCCGAUCCACCCGGCGUUAAACUGAAGAAGGAAGGGUUGGAAGCUAAGCACCCCGUGGUUUUUGUGCCCGGAAUUGUCACGGGUGGGCUUGAAUUAUGGGAGGGUCACCAGUGCGCUGAAGGUUUAUUCAGGAAGAGGUUGUGGGGUGGCACAUUCGGGGAAUUGUAUAAAAGACCAUUAUGCUGGGUUGAGCAUAUGUCUUUGGAUAAUGAGACUGGAUUGGACUGUCCAGGUAUAAGGGUCAGGCCUGUAUCUGGUCUUGUGGCAGCUGAUUACUUUGCACCUGGUUACUUUGUCUGGGCAGUUUUAAUUGCUAACUUGGCUCGCAUUGGGUAUGAAGAGAAAACUAUGUAUAUGGCCGCAUACGAUUGGAGAUUAUCAUUUCAAAACACUGAGGUUAGAGACCAAACUUUAAGCAGGAUAAAGAGUAACAUUGAGCUGAUGGUAGCUACAAAUGGUGGGAAAAAGGUGGUUGUUAUACCACAUUCAAUGGGUGUUUUGUACUUUCUGCAUUUCAUGAAAUGGGUUGAGGCACCAACACCAAUGGGUGGUGGGGGUGGAUCAGAUUGGUGCGCCAAACAUAUUAAAGCUGUGAUGAACAUUGGUGGACCCUUUUUAGGCGUUCCAAAAGCAGUUUCUGGACUUUUCUCCAUUGAAGCAAAGGAUAUUGCUGUUGCCAGGUCCUUCGCAACAGGUGUUCUAGAUAAGGAUGUUUUUGGUCUUCAAACUUUACAACAUUUAAUGCGGAUGACCCGUACAUGGGAUUCAACCAUGUCAAUGAUUCCAAAAGGCGGUGACAUUAUCUGGGGUGACCUUGAUUGGUCACCUGAAGGAUACUACAACUGUAGUGCAAAGAAGCUGAAGAACAAUGGUACACACACUCCAGGGCAAAUUGGGAAAGGAAAUACAAGCUCCAAAGCAGAAGUAAAUUAUGGGAGGAUUAUAUCAUUCGGGAAACAUGUAGCUGAAGUGCAUUCUUCUGAAAUUGAGAGGAUCGAUUUUAGGGGUGCUGUUAAGGGUAAUAACCUUGCAAACACUACCAACUGUGAUGUGUGGACGGAGUAUCAUGAAAUGGGUGUUGAAGGUGUUCAAGCUGUUGCAGAUUAUAAGGUUUACACAGCUGGAUCAAUUUUAGAUCUGCUUCAAUUUGUUGCCCCAAAGUUAAUGCAACGUGGAGCAGCUCAUUUUUCACAUGGAAUUGCUGACAAUUUAGACGACCCAAAAUACAAACACUACAAAUAUUGGUCAAACCCUUUGGAAACAAAAUUACCAAAUGCUUCAGACAUGGAGAUCUAUUCUAUGUAUGGCGUUGGCAUCCCCACUGAAAGGGCAUAUGUAUACAAGUUGACUCCUCCAUCAGAGUGCUACAUUCCCUUUCAGAUAGAUGCCUCGGCCGAUGGAGGAUGCGAUGACUCUUGUUUAAAAGGUGGAGUUCUUUCUGUAGAUGGGGAUGAAACUGUUCCUGUUUUGAGUUCAGGUUUCAUGUGUGCAAAAGGCUGGCGGGGGAAAACCAGAUUCAACCCUUCAGGCAUCCGUACUUACAUAAGGGAAUAUGAUCAUGCCCCUCCAGCUAAUCUUCUAGAGGGUCGGGGCACCCAAAGUGGUGCUCAUGUUGAUAUAAUGGGUAAUUUUGCGUUAAUCGAGGAUAUUAUAAGAGUAGCAGCUGGAGCCACCGGAGAGGAACUGGGUGGAGAUCGAGUUUACUCGGAUAUUUUCGAGUGGUCUGAGAAGAUCAACUUACAACUCUGAGUCAUCAGGUGGCGUUUCAAGCUUGUUGCCAGCAGUGGUCGAAUUCAUAUUUAUACUCCUCCAUUGCUUCAUACUUCGUACACUAUAUGGAUUAUUUGCUGAUGUCAAAGUCAACAUGGUGAUUUAUAGCAGCAGUUGAUAUUUGCACAAAAUUUGGCACCUUAGAGAUGAAAGCAGGAUGCUGAAACAAAAUUCAUUCACAUUUGGAUGUCACGCCAUUUGCCAUGAAACUUUUUCAUUUUUUUUGGGGACUAUUCCAGAUUCAAUCUGGUUUAUGAAUCGAUUCCACAUUAUGCCAGAGUCCUUGCAUUGUUUCUUGGUGCACCCUAACAUUUACAGUUGAUAGCUGCUUUGAAUUUUGAUAUUCAAUUAAUUUAUUUGAUAGUUACAAUAAUUCUUUUUA